CUCUGUGUGAGCGUCCUCUGAGACACACCGAUUCCUGCAAUUGAUUGACGUGGCGUUGCGACUUGACUAUCGUCCAGUAUGUCAAACCUGCGUUGCGUCACAAUGACAAAGACAGUACAUCCGUUUGAAAGUUUCCUGGCGCUCCAACCAGGAAACUUCUAUGCGACGAUUUUCUGGAACGCGUCGGAGUGCACAUCUAACUGACCAGCGAUGAUUUGUUGUUUACGGCGGUAGAAUCUGUAUACUUCCUCAAAUGAUAGUGGUACUAACGAUGAUUAUGAUGUUGAUGAAGAUGUCAAUGAUGAAGCCAUUAUUGAAAAUGUUAACGUGCCAGAACCUAUUGAAUAACCUAAUCAUAAUAAUAAUGAUCCAGAACCUGCGAUAGAAGAUAAGGCUAGAAGACCAAUAUAUCCAAAUUGCCCUCUAACAAAGGAAGAAAGCGAUCUACUCUUAAUGAGUUACAUAAUUCGGCAUGGAGCAAGUGGGACUGCAUUGGAAGAUCUCAUAGAUUUAAUUAAUUGACACUUUCCCGAACCACUAUCUUUCUUCAAAGUAUUUAUUUUUAAAAAAGUUUCUCGACAUCGCACAACUUGUUACAUGUUAUUAUUGUACAGGAUGUAUUUCUUUAUUAGAUAUUUUAAAGGAAGACAAAGUAUAAAUUGUCCAAAUUGUCAUUGUCGUAAUACAGAAUCAGUUCUUAAACGGAAUGGAAAUUUUUUCGUAUACAUUCCAAUUAAGGAACAGUUACGACAGUUACUGUCGAAUAGUGUCUUCCAUAAAUUACAAAGAACUUGUAAUGAUAAUAAUUUAUUAUCAGAUGUUACAAGUAGGAAAGUGUAUCGCUCGAUGGUUGAAAAUCAAGUUAUAUCUGAUUUCGAUAUAACCUUACAAUGGAACACUGAUGGUGUUAAUACUUUUAAAUCAUCAAAAGUAUCAAUGUGCCCCAUUCUAAUAGCGAUUAAUGAACUUUCUUACCGGGUUCGUAAAGAUAAUAUUCUACUUGCUGGUUUAUGGUGUGGAUCUAUAAAACCUGUUGUAGAUAUUUUUUUAAAACUAUUUGUUGAUGAGUUACGAGAUUUACAUAAACACGGAAUUGACUGUUUGCCACCUAACUUGAAUGAAGCUGUAAAUAUUAAAGUGCAUGCAAUCCUUUCUCCAGUGGAUUCUAUAGCCAGAUGUUCUUUACAGAAUAUAGCUCAAUUUAAUGGAAAAUUUGAAUGCUCACUUUGUUUGCAUCUAGGGCAGCACGUUAAAGUGGGAAAUGGUUAUGCACGUGUUUACUGUGGAAAUGAAGGCAUUGCAAGAACGAGGGAACAACAUCAUAGAGAUGCUGAGCAGGCUGUUGUAAAAAAUAUUUCUAUUAAUGGAGUUAAAGGAGUCUCAUUAUUAAUGUUAUUGACAACCUUUAAUAUUGUAGUUUCAUUUCCUCCUGAAUACAUGCAUGCAGUAUUACUUGGAGUUGUAAAAUAUUUUUUCUUUAUGUGGUUUGAUCCUAAAUAUAACCAGUGCACAUGGUAUAUAGGUUCGAAAAAAUCGAUUUUCAAUGAUCGACUGCUAAAUAUUUGUCCUCCUUGUGAAUUAACUCGGACACCACGCGCGCUUGAAAAUAUGAAAUUAUAUAAAGCAUCAGAGUGGAAAAAUUUACUACUGUAUUACUCGUUACCGUGCUUACAAGGAUUACUGCCUAUUAGGCUGGUUAUGAAUAAGCUUAGGCCUUGGGCGCCCCCUACGACAAAGUCACUCGAUCCCCAGUUCCUCGACAAGGUGGUGCAGACUCUCUUCCCACCGGAGGAAGUGGGUUGGGAGCAAGAGUUCCGCACCGAAGAAAACGGUGCAGACAAAUAG